AUGUCGAUGGAAUCCAUCGCACCCGACUGGGAAUUUGACCGUUUUGACGACGGCUCACAGAAAAUCCACACAGAAGUUCAACUGAAGAACUACAGGAAGUUUCUGGAUGAGUACACAACUCAGCUGAGGGGCAUCGCGGAAGCUCUCGAUGACUCCAUUGGAGAUGUUUGGGACUUCACUUUGGAUCCCAUCGCUCUCAAACUCCUUCCGUAUGAACAGUCUUCCUUGUUGGAGAUGAUUAAAACUGACAAUAAGGUUCUGAACAAAGUCAUCACCGUCUACGCUGCAUUGUGUAGUGAAGUGAAGAAUCUCAAGUAUGAGGCCGAAAACAAGUUCUACAAUGGUUUAUUGUAUUACGGAGAGGGAGUGUCUGACUGUAGCGUUGUUGAAGGGCAGUGCCAAAUUCAGAUGGGAAGAUUCAUCUCCUUUCUACAGGAACUGUCGUGUUUUGUGUCGAGAUGCUACGAAGUGGUGGUCAACAUUGUUCAUCAACUGGCGGCGCUCUACAAUAGCAAUAAGUCCGCGUCCAAAAUUAUCGACUCAUCCGGCGUCCAUUUCCAGGUGGUGUUUGAACAGCUCGGCGAGUUGUUGGUGGUUCUGCUCACGCUGGAUGAAAUCAUGGAAAAUCAUAGCACACUUAAAGAGCAUUGGCAAAUGUACAAAAGGUUAUUGAAGUCUGUGCAACACAAUCCUGGGAAAUUUUCAAUCGCUGAAGAGAAGUUGAAGCCCUUUGAGAAGCUUUUGCUGAAACUUGAGGGACAGCUGUUAGACGGCAUGAUUUUGCAGGGAUGUGUGGACCAGAGAUUCGAUGACUUUGGGGAUGGGAUAUCCAUUACCAAAAACACUGCUUUUGCUGAGGAGUUUGCCCUCAAUAUUCGAACCAUAUUUGCCAACGUGGAAUCCAAGAUUGGGGAACCCACAGAGAUUGACCAGAGGGACAAAUACGCUGGCGUCUGCGCCCUUUUUGUGCUUCACUUUCAUAUGUUUCGAAGUGUCGACAAAAGGCUCUACAAAUCACUCCUAGAGAUUUGUAAAAAGGUUCCCGCCGUCACCCUGAUCGCUAACAUCAUCUGGUUCCCCGACACGUUCCUGCUCACCAAAGUUCCCGCCGCGGCCAAAACCAUGGACAAGAAGAGCGUCCAAGCGAUCCGAGCGCACCGCGACAGCUUCCUGCUGCAAAGGGCUCAGACGCUCACAAAGGACGUCCAGUCGUACUAUGUGUUUGUAACGUCGUGGAUGAUGAAGAUGGAGGCCAUUUUGUGUAAGGAGCAGAAGAGCGACAAGAUGGCGGAAGAUCUUAAUAGCAGAUGCAGUGUUUUUGUGCAGGGCGUCCUGUACGCUUACAGCAUCAGCACCAUCAUCAAGACAACCAUGAACAUGUAUAUGUCCAUGCAGCGUCCAAUGACCAAGACGUCCGUCAAAGCCCUGUGUCGAUUGGUGGAACUGUUAAAGGCCGUGGAGCACACGUUCCAUAGACGUUCCAUGGUGGUGGCUGAUUCCGUGUCUCACAUCACGCAGCAGCUGCAGUCGCAGGCGCUCAACGCUAUCUGUGUCGCCAAGAAAAGAGUGAUAUCGGACAAGAAGUACAGCGAGCAGCGUCUGGAUGUGCUGUCGUCCCUGGUGCUGGCUGAAAAUGUUCUCAGCGGACCGAGUACCAAGGAGAGGCGAUUUGUUGUGUCUUUGGCUCUUUGUGUUGGAACACAGCUGAAAACCUUCAAAGAUGAAGAGUUACUCCCACUGCAGCUGGUGUUGAAAAAGCUCGACCUGAUCAGCGAGCUCAGUGAAAGGGUUAAGCUUCAGUGCGAGUGCAGCUUCCUCUACUGGCACCGAGCCGUCUUUCCCAUUUACUUGGAUGACGUCUACGAAAAUGCGGUCGACGCAGCACGAAUACACUACAUGUUUAGCGCCCUGAGGGACUGCGUGCCCGCCAUGUUGCAGGCCAAGCACAUGGAAUCGCCCGACCAGCUACUGGAAAACUACGACAAGGAGAUCAUGGAGAUUUUUAACGAGCACUUGCUGGACAAGCUGUGUAAGGAGAUCGAAAAGGAUUUACGGCUGUCUGUCCACACUCACCUGAAACUGGAUGACAGGAACCCCUUCAAAGUCGGGAUGAAGGAUUUGGCGCACUUCUUCUACCUCAAACCCAUACGAUUCUUCAACCGCUUCAUUGAUAUUAAAGCCUAUGUGACGCACUACCUGGACAAAACCUUCUACAACCUGACCACCGUGGCUCUCCACGACUGGGCCACCUACAGCGAGAUGCGCAACCUAGCCACGCAACGUUACGGACUGACCAUGACCGAAGCGCACCUGCCCAGCCAGACGCUGGAGCAAGGCCUGGACGUCCUGGAGAUCAUGAGGAACAUCCACGUUUUCGUCUCGCGCUACCUCUACAACCUCAACAACCAGAUCUUCAUCGAGAAGGCGAGCAACAACAAGCACUUGAACACCAUCAACAUCCGACACAUCGCCAACUCCAUACGGACGCACGGGACCGGCAUCAUGAACACCACGGUGAACUUCACCUACCAGUUCCUGCGCAAGAAGUUCUACAUCUUCAGUCAGUUCAUGUACGACGAACACAUCAAGUCCAGGCUCAUUAAGGAUAUUCGAUUCUUCAGGGAGACGAAAGAUCAGUCCGAUCAAAAGUAUCCAUUCGAGCGUGCGGAGAAGUUUAACCGUGGUAUCAGGAAACUGGGCAUCACUCCAGAUGGGCAAAGUUACCUGGACCAGUUCAGACAGCUCAUCAGUCAGAUUGGUAAUGCCAUGGGUUACGUGCGUAUGAUCCGUUCAGGAGGAAUCCACUGCUGUAGCAGCGCCAUUAGGUUCGUCCCCGACUUGGAGGACAUCGUCAAUUUCGAGGAGCUGGUCAAAGAGGAAGGACUGUCGGAGGAAACCCGCAGAGCUGCCGGGGUGCUGGAUUCGGUUUUGGGAGAUCUGACCAGCAACUCCGCCGAAGGAACCGAGUACUUCAAGAUGCUGGUGGAGGUGUUUGCGCCCGAGUUUCGCCGUGCCAAGAACAUGCACUUGAGGAACUUCUACAUGAUCGUCCCCCCGCUGACGGUCAACUUUGUGGAGCAUUCCAUCGGCUGCAAGGAGAAGCUGAACAAGAAGAACAAGAACGGAGCCGCCUUCACCGACGACGGCUUCGCCAUGGGUGUAGCGUACAUUCUGAAGCUGCUGGACCAAUACCUGGAGUUGGACUCGCUGCACUGGUUCCAGUCGGUGCGAGACAAGUACAAGAAGGAGAUGAACGCGGUGGUGAAGGAGCAGCACCUCAACACCGCCAGCCAGGAUCAAAAGUUGCUGCAAACCAUGAACUUGACUCAAAAACGACUGGAUCUCUACCUUCAGGAGUUUGAGCUACUUCACUUCUCCUUAAGCAGCGCCCGCAUUUUCUUCCGAGCGGACAAGACGGCGGCGGAAGAGACUCAGGAAAAGAAAGAGAAAGGUUUCGUCCACACUCCUUAUUAA